AUGGAAUUGAACCAGAUUUUAGAAAAGAAGGAACAAAUUUCACAAUAUUUGAGCAAUCUGGUUGAGCUUCACGAAAAAGCCUUGUCUGAUGUGAGUUCCGCUUCCCAGGUGACAAGCAUCCGGAAAGAUAUCACUAUUUGCCUAAACGAUCUUUGCAGAAUUAACGAUCUCUUGGUAUCCCAUGAUGGUCUCUUGAAAAGAGAAAUUGGGUCUUUACUUCGAGACAAACAAGAACUACUAGAACUGAAUGACAGAGAGCAGCUUCUUUGGAAAGAGCGGAAAUCGUGGCAUAUUGAGCGAGAAAUAGAUACAGCGCCGGUGGACUAUGUUAUCGAUAAGGAAGCCAUUAUUACCAUUUCAUCACACCACAGGACAUCCCUGAACAAAUACAUCGAGUCAGUGGGGGCAGAAAAUACAAUACUAUCAAAUACGGAUGAUUCAGAUCCAAGGAUCGAAGAAGCACAAAACGCUGAAUCUUCCGCGGAUCAAAUGAUACGUAACUACAGACUAUUACAGUUAUCUCAUAAGCAAGCUAAAUCGGAAAUAAUAAAGUUGGAAACUUUAUUAAGGGACUUCAAAAAGGACAACAAAUUCGUCGAAGAGGAGUUGAAAAGGCAAUCUGGGCGGAUACGUUCUGAAAUGGGUAAUAUCGAUUUUCAUUUAUCCAAAAUUGAAGAAUCUAAGCACCAGUUAAUGAAAAGAAUAGGAUUUGAGUCACCCCUGGCGCACGAAAAAUCUUUAUCAGAGAAAAUAUUCAAUUUAAGGCUGUCGGACACUGAUGAAGAUUACAGUGAAAGAGAAACUAUCAACAAGAAAAAUUUCGUUCAUAUGAAGGACCUCAUAGAAUUGAAAAUCGACGACUUACAAGGGCAGCUAACGAGAAAUAAAAAUGAGUCUUCCGCAUUAGUAACAAAACGUGAAUUGUGGCUAGAUUGUCAAAGAAAAGUGGGAAACUUGGAAAGCGAACUAAUAACCAAACUCCGGAGUAGCAGCAACUCCAAAAUACCUCGAAAUGAAAUGUCAGACAUGAUUAAUUCCACAAUAAAAUAUCUCAAUAACCUUCUUGACUCUUCCGAUGAGAUGCUAACAACAACUUUAAUAUCCAACGAAAGAGACGUACUUUCCAAAGCUUGUGAAGAACUAAGCACUGAAAAUGUCACUGCGCAAGAUGACUUAAUCGCAAAACCUUCUAAACCAAUUAAUAUACACAAAAGCCACAAAGGUUCAAAUGCAAUUUCAAACCUGAAGCAGCCUUCAACCCCUCCAUUCUUGGUUGCUAGCAAAUCGCCACCAAAAAUCGGAAUUUCUGAAAGUAUAAUAAACGCUAAUAAAAAUGAUGUCAUAUCAAAAAAAGUUGAUUGA